AUGGUCUUAUUUGAGAAUGCACAUAUUGCAUCCUCCAUUGAGUGCUUGGAGAAGAGGCAGCAGCAGGAGGAGGUGGUGGUGGUGGUGGUGGUGGAUGGAGAGGAGGUGUUGGUGAUGGCUACGGUGUUGGUAGCGGUAGCAGCGUGUUAUCCUCACACCCUCACAAACUCAUACUUCCCAGGCAUUUGCGGCUCCGAGCGCGAGUCCCAAUGUCGGUACAUUGAUUCAGCAACUUACUACAGACGCUUUGUUAAAGGCUAUGCUAAGAUCGCCAGCCCACAGCAUAAAUUAACCAAAAAGCAGACAAAAAGGAAUUUCAACUGGGCGAAGGAACAUGAUGAAGUGUUCUACGAACUGGAGCAAAUGCUCUGCUCUGCACGGAUUCCAGCAAUGCCCCACUUCGGAUCGAGCGCCCUACCAUUUGCACUAAAUACUGACACUAGUGAUGCAGGCGUGGGCGGUAUAACCUCACAAAGAACCAUUGAAGGAAUGGAACACGUCAUCGCCUACACGAGUGGCUACUGUCCAUACAUUGACUGUGUAUCACCGUUUAAGAUGUUCCUAUGUUAUGAAAUGAGAGUACCCUCCGAUAUGUUCUUACCGAGCACGGAAAUAGCAACCAACAACGUCCCCGAGUAUGUAGUGCUACUGAAAGAAGGCAGAAGACAAACUCUCAACAUUGCACGUAAACCCUUAAAGCCGCAGUAUAUCAGGGAGAAGUAUUACGGAAAACACAGCCAGACUGACGUCUAUCGCGAAGGAGAGCCAGUACAACUAUUCAGGCCAAAUGGGCAACUGAAACACGCUGCAGGUUUUGACAUCUGCGGAGGAUAG